UCUCGGCUCAAUUCGUCCAUUUCGUCCGCAGACGCUGAUACGUCAAUAGCUUUCGCUUUGUUCUUAAAUUUCUUUACGAAGUCCCUAUUAUCACAUCAAGAUGGGUAGGGAGGACAAAGCAACCUGGAAGUCCAAUUAUUUCCUGAAAGUCGUGCAAUUGCUCGACGAAUACCCGAGAUGUUUCAUCGUCGGUGCUGACAAUGUUGGUUCCCGUCAGAUGCAAACUAUUCGCAUGUCGCUCCGUGGAUCGGCCGUCGUGCUGAUGGGUAAAAACACCAUGAUGCGCAAGGCCAUCCGCGGACAUCUGGAGAACAACCAGAACUUGGAGAAGCUGCUCAACCACAUCAAGGGCAACGUUGGCUUCGUAUUCACGAAGGGCGAUCUGGCCGAGGUCCGCGACAAGCUGACUGAGAGCAAGGUGCGUGCCCCGGCUCGUGCCGGUGCCAUCGCUCCGCUGGAGGUCGUCAUCCCGGCCCAGAACACUGGUCUUGGUCCGGAGAAGACCUCCUUCUUCCAGGCACUGUCCAUCCCGACUAAGAUUUCGAAGGGUACGAUUGAAAUCAUCAACGACGUGCCCAUCCUGAAGCCGGGCGACAAGGUCGGCGCUUCGGAAGCCACGCUGCUGAACAUGCUGAACAUCUCGCCGUUCUCGUACGGUCUGCAAAUCCAGCAGGUGUACGAUUCCGGUUCGAUCUUCUCGCCGGAAAUCCUCGACAUCAAGGCGGAGGAUCUGCGCGCCAAGUUCCAGGCCGGAGUUGCCAACCUGGCUGCCGUUUCGCUCCAGAUCGGUUACCCGACGUUGGCUUCGGUACCGCACAGCAUUGCCAACGGUUUCCGCAACCUGCUCGCCAUUGCCGCCGUCACCGAGGUUGAGUUUAAGGAGGCCGAAACGGUCAAGGAGUUCAUCAAGGAUCCGAGCAAGUUUGCCAGUGCUUCGGCUGCAGCUGCUCCGGCUGCUUCCGCCGCAGCCCCGGCAGCAAAGGCCGAGGAAAAGAAGGAAGAGUCCGAAUCCGAGGAUGAAGAUAUGGGCUUCGGUCUGUUUGAUUAAUUUCCUCAGCACCGAAUCGAGAGCUUCUGCUAACAUCUCCGCUAUGGGUGCGCUGUGGUAUAUGGAGCUGUUCGUGUUGUUCCCAUGUGUGGUGGUUUCGGAGCUAUAUCUACUUUGGCACGGGCGUUGUAAUAGCGGCGUAUACUCGCCAAGGCUGGGGACGGCCCGAUGGCGACACGCUGACCUUCCUUGUUACGUACCAAAAUACGUAUUUUUCUGCAAAACCAUCUGGAGAAAAUAAUAAAAAUCUACGAGAAAAGCUGCAUUGAGUCGCAAGACUCAAUUCGGAA